AUGGUUCUCAGCAAAGUCGUGCUCAUCGGAGCAAGUGGGACACUCGGCACCGAAAUUCUCAGAGCUCUCACGGCAGAUACAGCAUUCGAGGUCACACUUCUAGCACGACCAGAUUCGAAGGCAUGCUUUCCUGAGCACGUACGAGUCUUACGACCAGAACAGACUCAUGACAACCUUGUCCAAGCUUUCAUUGGCCAGGAUGCUAUCAUCUGUACGACAAGUAUUGCAGCUAUACCGCAGCAAAGACAGCUUAUCAAUGCCGCCAUAGCCGCUGGAGUGAGACGGUUUAUCUUGAACGAAUUCGCCAAUCCACUGACCUAUGGUGGACUACCGGAUCUGCAGCAUGCUCGUGUGGCGAAGCUUGAGGUCCUCAGAUAUGCGCGUGAGCAAGCUGCGGAGUACUCUUCCUUCUCCUGGACUGGUUUGGCGACUGGCCACUUCCUCGAUUACGCUAUGCUCAGGAUCCCCGCGUUCGGCUUCAACAUGCCAUUACGGAAAGCUCGCAUCGUGGACAAUGGACUGGAAGCUUUUUCCGCCACCACGGUGCCGGAUAUUGCUGUAGCUGUCAUCGGUGUCUUGAAGCAUCCAGAAGAGACAGCCAGCAAGUCUCUCGUGAUCCGCAGCACGGAGGCCACGCAGAUGGAGAUCCUGAAGGCUUUCGAAGCGCAGACGGGAGUGAAGUGGGAAAGGGAAGAUGUGCGAGCUGUGGACCUGCUGGCUAGUGGGAGAGAGAAAAUGCAGAAAGGUGAGAGAGGUGGAAUGCUGGAUUUCGUCGUGGCACAGCUGCUGGAGAAAGGGUCGGGGAGAGCGGAAGGCCAUUGGGAGGACAAUGCAAAUGUCUUGUUGGGUGUGAAGCAGAGAAGUGCCAAUGAGAUUGUGCGAGAAGUUUUGGCUAGCUUGGGGUCGGAGGAAUGA